AUGAAUCCAUCCAGGAUCCGACCCGCAAACACCCUCGCCCUUUCUCCCACUUGCCUCUCGAAUCCGCCUCCAAAUUCCUCUCGCACUGUCGCCUCUCUCUUCCUCCCCCCACUCCAAAUUCGCUCUCAAAUUUUCAUAAAACCCCUCGCGCUUCACUUCCAUCUACGAUCGAGCCCAAAAUGGGAGAAACCAAUCCCCCGAAGCUCCCCAUCAGGUGUUUUGAGCGCCGAUGUGUUCGCGAGGUACUGCCGGCUGAGGGGAUACAACGCGAUCUAUAUUUGCGGAACUGAUGAGUACGGGACGGCGACGGAGACUAAGGCCAUGGAGGAGAAAUGCUCUCCCAAGGAGAUUUGCGAUAAAUACCAUGCAAUUCAUAAGGAAGUCUAUAACUGGUUUGGAAUAAGUUUUGAUGAGUUUGGUCGCACAUCAACUCCACAACAGACCGAAGUUUGCCAAGCGAUAUUUCACAAAUUGUGGGAGAAUAAAUGGCUUACUGAAAAAACUAUGGAGCAGCUUUAUUGUGAUACAUGCAAACGCUUUUUGGCUGAUCGAUUAGUGGAGGGAACAUGCCCAACUUUGGGCUGCGAUUAUGAUUCUGCACGUGGUGACCAGUGUGAAAAAUGUGGGAAAUUGUUAAAUCCUACUGAACUUAAGGAUCCUAAGUGCAAGGUUUGCCGGAACACUCCACGCCUGCAAGAAACAAACCACUUGUUUUUGGAACUCCCUGCCCUCAGUGGUAAACUUGAAGAGUACAUCAAUACUAUGUCAGUGGCUGGAGGAUGGAGCCAAAAUGCUAUUCAGACGACACAUGCAUGGUUGAAGGAAGGAUUAAAGUCUCGUUGUAUUACAAGGGAUCUUAAAUGGGGUGUUCCUGUUCCCCAUGACAAGUACAAAGAUAAGGUGUUUUAUGUUUGGUUUGAUGCUCCAAUUGGAUAUGUUUCGAUCACAGCUUGUUACACACCUGAAUGGGAAAAAUGGUGGAAAAAUCCUGAAAAUGUGGAGCUAUAUCAGUUCAUGGGCAAAGAUAAUGUGCCAUUUCACACGGUUAUGUUUCCUUCAACGCUUCUUGGAACUGAUGAAAGCUGGACGUUAAUGAAGACGAUAAGUGUCACAGAGUAUUUAAACUAUGAAGCAGGGAAGUUUUCCAAAAGUAAGGGUAUUGGAGUUUUUGGUAACGAUGCAAAGGAUACAAAGAUUCCUGCAGAAGUUUGGCGAUACUACUUACUAAGUAACAGGCCUGAAGUAUCAGACACAUUGUUUACGUGGACAGAUUUGCAGGCUAAACUGAACAGCGAGUUGCUGAAUAAUUUGGGGAAUUUUAUUAAUCGUGUUCUGAGCUUCAUUGCUAAACCUGCUGGAUCAGGCUAUGGUUCCAUCAUUCCUGACGUUCAGAAUGCAGAAUCGCAUCAGUUAACCAAAAAUUUAGGUGAGACAGUUGGGAAAUUGGUAGAUCAAUAUCUUGAUGCCAUGGAGAAGGUUAAGCUAAAACAGGGUUUAAAGACUGCUAUGAGCAUAUCAAGCGAAGGGAAUGCAUAUUUGCAAGAGAGCCAAUUCUGGAAGCUUUACAAGGAAGAUCCUUCUUCAUGCUCCAUCGUUAUAAAGACUUCAGCUGGACUUGUUUUCCUUCUUGCAAAUUUAUUAGAACCUUUCAUGCCCUCCUUUGCUGUAGAAGUUCUAAGGCAGCUUAGUUUGUCUGCUGAUGCACAUAUCUCAUUAUGUGAUGAGAAAGGAGACACGGAGAAGGCAAAAAGACCUUGGGACUUUCUUCCAUCUGGUCAUAAAAUAGGGAAACCUGAACCGGUGUUCAAAGAAAUGAAAGAUGAAGAUGUAGAAUUUUUUAGGCAGAAAUUUGCUGGUAGUCAGUCUGAUAGAAUCGAGAAAGCAGAAGCUGAGGCGAAGAUUGCUGAGAAACUGAAGUCCACAAAGAUUUCAGAAGGGAAUGCAAAGAAACAAAAGGUGAAGUCCAUAGGUGCUGCAAAACCAAAGCCCUCAGAAGCAGAAAUUUCUGUUUCUAGGCUUGACAUUCGUGUAGGUCUCAUCAAGAAAGUUCAGAAGCAUCCAGAUGCUGACUCCCUAUACGUGGAAGAGAUUGAUAUAGGUGAGGAGUUGCCUAGGACCGUUGUGAGUGGUCUCGUCAAAUUCAUUCCUCUUGAAGAAAUGCAGGAUCGAAAGGUAUGUGUUCUUUGUAAUCUUAAGCCAGCCACCAUGAGGGGUAUUAAAUCGCAGGCAAUGGUAUUAGCUGCCUCCAAUGAUGAUCACACCAAAGUUGAGUUGGUUGACCCGCCAGCUUCAGCCAAGAUCGGGGAAUCUGUAACUUUUCCUGGGUAUUCUGGAGAACCAGACAACAUGUUGAAUGCCAAGAGCAAAGUCUGGGAAAAGUUGCAGAUAGAUUUACACACAGAUGCAGAGUUGACAGCUUGCUAUAAAGACGUUCCAUUCACAACAUCUGCUGGUAUUUGCAAGGUCACAUCCAUUGUUAACGGGGCAAUUAGGUAAAAUGUUGGUUGCAUAUUGCUCCAUGAAACUAUUCGAAAGGUUUUGCCUCAAAUAUGUCGUCGUUAUAAUUCCUAACUAAGUUUCUAACUGUGUAGAUUGAUAAAAUAUGAUUUUCCCUCUUCAGUAAAAGGUAGUUGUAUCAGGUUUGUUCUAGCAAUUGGUUGCGUAUUGCUUCAUGAAACCAUUCGAAAGGUUUUGUCUCAAA